AUGGCAGAGGAGGGGAAGCCACCCAUGCAGCUUGUUUAUGUCAACUGCUUUGGCUCCCACCGCUGUGGCUCCAUUAUCCGCUACAGCAGGGGCUGCCGAAAGGCUGGGGUGGGCCAGGCUAAGCCCACGCUUUCCCGGCCAAGCCCCACAGGGAAGGCUGGGAGGCAGAGAAAGGCCACCCGAGUGCCAGGAGAUGUGGCCAUCCCUGCCACCUCAGGCAGGUCACAGGAGGUGGGGAGCUGUGGCCUGGUGAGGCCUGUCAGCCACCAUCAUGGUGACCUUCGAGAGACUAAAGCUGACACCUUUGACUUUCCCUUCCCUUCAAGAAAUGAUAAAGUAAUUAAACGAAAGAAGCAGAAGUCCAAAGUCUGGUUUAAGGUCUGGAAAGUAAUUUCAAAAAUGACUGAAGAAAAUGAGAAGUUCAGAAGUCGCCUCUUGGCUUGCAGUCAGCUUAAUGGAGAAGGUAAUGAUAUGAGCCAAAGCUCACAGAAUGAGGUGUCCUGCCUGGACAGGGAGUCAUCUAUAUUUGGCUGGGUAGCAAGAAAAUAA